CUCCCAGGGAUGGAGGAGGCCGCGGCGAUGGCGCAAUGGGGGCGCUGGCGGCGAUCGGGAGGUAAGAAAGGGUAGCGGCGCCAGGAGCUGCAAUGAGAGCGUGAGGAGGAAAUCUGGAUUUUGGGAGAGAUUUCGGGGGAAUGGACAAGGGAAACGCGUCGUGGGAGCAAGUCCACAGGAUCUUGUUCCCGGGAGGGCCAGUUCCAGUGUCGCUGCUGGAUGCUAGCAGCCAUCCCCAUUCCGGCGCAGGGCUCCUGGGGCCGCCCCCAGGGAUGAAGAGUCCGUUUGAAAUGCUACCGGAUUUUGGGAAUUCCUUGCAGGGCGGGCCGCCGCUAGCACCGCCAAGGCCACCGCUCACAGAUCCCAGGCUCGUUACGAGAAGAGAAGACAGUCUCCAUUUCUUCGCGAUCCCUCCUCCGGUUCCAAGGGACCCGAAAAUGCUGCAUCACAUCAAACUCUUCGCGGCGUUUGUGGCCAAGUUCGGUGUGGAGAAUGAGUCGCUGGUGCGAGCAAAGCAGCAGGGAAAAUCAGAGUUCUCGUUCUUGUAUGGCGGAGAGCCAGGGAGCGAGGCGAGUAUUGGGCGUCACUACUACGAGUGGCAAAAGGAAGUGAUGCUCAAAGUCUUGGAGGCCAGGAAAGCGGUGUCCGAGGGGAAGAUACCUCCAGAUCGUCUUAGAUCGAUGCAGCGGGAGCUGGAGCAGUGUUUGCAAGGCGUGCAAACUCUAAGAGAUUUUCGUCUCGAGGCAAUCAUUGGCUUACCAGAAAAUGGUAAGCUUGACUGGCAAAAGAUUGCACUAGAAGUUGGCGUGCCACUUCCGGGAGAGAGACGGCCAUCUUUCGCCGAGCCGUCUGAGAAGGAUAAGAUGGCUCCGAAGCCUCAGAUGGCGAAGCCAGUUAUGGAUGCUCCUACUGACCCCAGGCGAAACGUGAAAACGGACCGUGCUCGCGGUGGAGCUGGACGGAGGGACGAGAAAGAAGCCAAGGAGGAAUUUCCCAGUCCAGGCAACCGAAGAAGAAGACGAAGUAGAAGCAGGUCUCCCGAAAGAGAUAGACACCGGCCACGAAGUCCAUCACACAGAAACCAUUCACCCCGACGCCGUGGAAGAUCUCACAGCCGCUCGCCAAGACGGAGGGAGCGAUUCCAAUCUAAACGCGACGCUGACGAGAGAAAAGAUGACAGUAACAACAACAACAAGAACAACAAACUCACUCACCACCAUCACCAGCCGGGCCAGAGUUUGCAGCAGCAGCCAGAGCCGUUGCCUUUGGAAGCGUUACCGUUCGCAAGCCAGCACGUUGGUCACAUUCUAGCUCCGCCGCCUCAGCCGCCAGCAAACUUGGAGCAUCCACCGGGAUUUGCAGUGGCAGCGGACAACACCACUUUUGCUAGAUAUAUCACUGCUCCUCUGAUGCACGACUCGCAGCAAGGUCCACCGCUUCCACCGCAGCAGCAGCAGCACCAUUUUGCAAGCAUCUCUCAGGAUCCAGGACUGCCGAGAGUUCCUGGCAGUUACCCCCAAGUUGGUGCGGCAUUUGCACCCGCUUUGUCUGAAAUACCAGCUCAACAGCAGCAAUUUUUACUCCAGCAGUUGCAAUUGUCUCACAUCCAAAGCCAGCUGAGCAACGGGCCGCUGGGACCGCAACCACCACCGCUGCCGCCGCCCCCUUGGUCCUCUGGUGGCGAAGUUUUGCCGCUCGAAGUCCACGCUCCUCCUCCGCAGCACUUUGUGGGACUUGUUGGUGGGCAGCCUCCUCCUCCCAACGCUCCGCCUCCGCCACCCUCGGCUCCAGUUCCAGCGAUUUUUCUCCGGCAGCAACCGGGUGUUUCAGCUGAAAAGUAUGAUCCGCUACAGCCAACUUCGUCGUCGAACGACGUGGAGAUGGAAGUGGAGGGCGGCUCUUCUCCAAAAGCAGCAGCGGCGGUGGCUGUGGCGGCAGACGAAGAGCCGGAGGUUGUGAAUUCCAAGCUCGAAGUUGCCGAGGCGGGCUCCAAGAGGUCUUCCGAGGCUGCCGCAACCAGCAAGGAGAAGGAUCACAAGGAGAAGGAUCACCACAAGGAGGAAGACGGUGACGAGGAUGGAGAGCGCUUGCAAAAGGAGAGGAGCGAGAAGGAUGGGCGAGCUCUCAAGGUGGUGAGGAACACAGUCGCGGAGUUCGUCAAGGAGCUGCUCAAUCCAAAGUGGAGGGAUGGAGUUCUCAGCAAGGACGACUUCAAGGUGAUCGCGCAAAAGGCCGUGAACAAAGUGGUGGGGAACUUGCAAGGCUCGCAGAUCCCCAAAGGCACCGAGCGAGUGGAUCGAUUCAUGGCUUCGUCCAAGGACAAGAUCGUCAAGCUCGUCCAGGAAUACGUCGAGAAGCACACGAAAAACGCUCCAGCUCCAUCCUCCACUGCCGCUACCGCCGAGGAAGACAAUGGUGCUGCGUCAUAGCAAGAACUUCGCAAGAACUUCAAAGGAAAAAGCUCGAGGAGUGCUGCGACAUCCCCUCGAGAAGGCGAUGGAUGAUCGAACUCACUCUUAUUGACAGACAUAGGACUAAAAUCUUCUUAAAAUGUAAAAACUCCUCUUUGUCCCAUACUUUGAUCAAAGGUUGAUAUAGUUUCAAGCU